AUGGAAUCAAUUUCUACGAUGGGAAGUCCUAAGGUCUUAAAUGAAACUUUCUUACCAAAUGGCAGAAAUUACAUCAAAGGCACCAAUAAGCUUACAGUUGGCAUAAUUGGAAGUGGGGACUUUGCUAAAUCCUUGACAACUAGGCUUAUCAGGUGUGGGUUUCAUGUAGUAAUAGGAAGCAGAAACCCUAAAUUUGUGGCGGAAUUCUUUCCCCAUGUUGUUGAUGUCACUCACCAUGAAGAUGCUAUUGCAAAAGCAGACAUUAUUUUUAUCGCUAUACGCAGAGAACAUUAUGCAGCUUUGUGGGACCUUAAGCCUCUACUUGUUGGUAAAAUCCUUGUAGAUGUCAGCAACAACAUGAAAAUUAACCAGUAUCCAGAAUCUAAUGCGGAAUACCUGGCAUCCCUUUUUCCAGAUUCCUUUGUUGUUAAAGGAUUCAAUGUUAUUUCAGCAUGGGCAUUACAAGUAGGACCAAAAGAUGCAAGCAGACAGGUUUACAUAUGCAGUAACAGCAUUCAAGCUCGACAUCAGGUUAUUGAACUUGCUCGUCAGCUCAGUUUUAUUCCUAUUGAUUUGGGCACUUUAUCAUCUGCAAGGGAAAUUGAAAAUUUACCUCUUCAGUUGUUCACACUCUGGAAAGGACCAGUGAUAGUGGCUGUUGGCCUAGCCACCUUCUUUUUUAUAUAUUCCUUUAUUAGAGAUGUAAUACAUCCUUAUGUGAGAAACCAUCAGAGUGAUUUUUAUAAGAUUCCCAUUGAGAUUGUGAACAAGACAUUGCCAGUUGUUGCAAUUACUUUAUUAUCUCUAGUAUAUUUAUCAGGGCUCCUGGCAGCUGCUUAUCAACUUUAUUAUGGUACUAAAUACAAAUUGUUUCCAUCCUGGUUAGAGAACUGGUUGCAAUGUAGAAAGCAGCUUGGAUUACUUAGUUUUUUCUUUGCAACAGUUCAUGUUGUUUACAGCCUUUGCUUGCCUAUGAGGAGGUCAGAACGAUAUCUAUUUUUAAAUACAGCUUAUCAACAGGUCCAUGAAAAUAUUGAAAAUUCCUGGAAUGAGGAAGAAGUAUGGCGAAUUGAAAUGUACGUCUCUUUUGGAAUAAUGAGCCUUGGGCUGCUUUCUUUGUUGGCUGUGACUUCCAUUCCAUCAGUAAACAGAUCAUUAAACUGGAGGGAAUUCAGCUUUAUUCAGUCUACACUUGGAUACGUCGCUCUUCUCAUAAGUACUUUCCAUGUAUUAAUUUAUGGAUGGAAAAGAGCCUUUGAAGAAGAAUGCUACAGAUUCUACACACCACCAAAUUUUGUUCUUGCACUUGUCUUGCCUUGUGUGGUAAUUCUGGGUAAGAUAAUUUUGCUUCUACCAUGUAUAAAUAGGAAACUGAGAAAGAUCAGAAAAGGAUGGGAAAAAAGACAAUUUAUACAAGAUGGAAAUGGAUCUGAUCCAUAUCCCUCACCAGAAAGAAUUACAGUCAUGUAACAAUGAAAAUAUUACCA